AUGGCCGACACUUCCACCAGCGCCGGCGACGCCGCCGCGGCCGCCGUGGCCAAGCUUCACCUCGACGAGGUCACGGGCGAGAUGAUCUCCAAGACGGAGCUCAAGAAGCGUCAAAAGGCCCGCGAGAAGGAGGCGGCCAAGAAGGAGAAGCAGAGUGCGAAGCCGCAACCUGCGGCGAGCGCCAAGAACGCCGAGGCUGCCGAGAAGGAACUCACCCCCAACCAGUACUACGAGAUUCGAUCUCGUGCCGUCAACGAGCUCCACGCCCAGAACAAGGCCUACCCUCACAAGUACCACGUCGACUACGACAUCCGCAACUUUGCCGACGACUUCUCCCACCUCAAGAACGGCGAGUCCGACAAGUCGAGGAUGAUCCAGCUCGCCGGCAGAAUAUACGUCAAGCGCUCGGCCGGAAGCAAGCUCUUCUUUUACGACAUCCGUUCCGAUGGCACACGCCUGCAAGUCCUGGCCCAGGCCGACAACGUCGGCGAGGAUGCCGUCAGCUUUGACGAGCAGCAGGUCCAUCUGCGAAGGGGCGACAUCAUCGGCGUCCGAGGCUUCCCCGCUCGAACCAACCCCAAGACCAAGCAGGGCAGCGGCGAAUACUCCGGCGAGCUCUCCAUCGCCGCCGCCGAAAUCACUCUCCUUUCGCCUUGCCUGCACCAGAUCCCCGACGACCAUUACGGCUUCAAGAACCCCGAGCAGCGAUUCCGCCAGCGCUACCUCGACCUCAUGAUGAACGAGCCAUCGAGGCAAAUCUUCAUCACCCGCGCCAAGGUCGACUCCUACAUCCGCCGCUGGUUCGACGACCGCGAGUUCGUCUCGGUCCAGACGCCCAUGCUGAACCCCAUCGCCGGCGGUGCCACGGCCCGACCCUUCAUCACCCACCACAACGACCUGAACAUGGACAUGUUCCUCCGCGUCGCCCCCGAGCUGUACCUCAAGAUGCUCGUCGUCGGCGGCCUCAACCGCGUCUACGAGAUGGGACGCCAGUUCAGGAACGAGGGCAUCGACCUGACCCACAACCCUGAAUUCACGACGCUCGAGUUUUACAUGGCCUACGCCGACGUCAACGACCUCAUCGGCAUGACCGAGGAGCUCGUCAGCGGCCUCGUCAAGCACGUCCACGGCUCCUACAAGACCAAGUUCCACAACGUCAAGGGCGACGAGGUGGAGAUCAACUGGGAGGCCCCGUGGCCCCGGAUCGAAAUGAUCCCCGGCCUCGAGGAAGCCGUCGGCGAAAAGUUCCCGCCCGCCGAUCAGCUCCACACCGAGGAGACGGGCGUCUUCCUCAAGGGCGUCCUCAAGAAGAUGAACGUCGAGUGCAAUCCGCCGCUGACCAACGCGCGCAUGAUCGACGCCCUCGUCGGCGAGUUCCUCGAAUCUCGAUGCAUCAACCCCACCUUCAUCAUGGGGCAUCCCAAGAUGAUGUCGCCCCUGGCCAAGUCCUCGCGCACGACCCCUGGCCUCUGCGAACGAUUCGAAGUCUUCGUCGCCACCAAGGAGAUUGCCAACGCCUACACCGAGUUGAACGUCGCCGCCGAGCAGCGGCAAAACUUCGAGGAGCAGGCCCGCCAGAAGGCCCAGGGUGACGACGAGGCCCAGAUGGUCGACGAGAUUUUCUGCCGCGCCCUCGAGCACGGACUGCCGCCCACCGGUGGCUGGGGCAUGGGCAUCGACCGUAUGAUGAUGUUCCUGACCGACAACUACAGCAUCCGCGAGGUCCUCACCUUUCCCACCAUGAAGCCAGAGUAG